AGAAUUCAUAUUUAAAUUAUUUGAGAUAUUUGAAACUACAAAUAUUUUUCAACACGCCGGCAUUAUGGAACCAUUUACAUCAGUGCUUAAAGAGCUAUGGAAGUGCGAGAAAGGUACCAUGCUGAUUUUCUAUUGUGAUAUCUCGACGUGAAGUUAAUUGUUUUGUUUGAUUUUCCUGAAAAAGACAAUCUGGAUUCUUUUUAAAUGGCUGAAUUUUUUAGUCUAGCCACAGGAUUUAAAUUAUGCAGAUUGUUUAGUCUGGAGACAUAAUAAAAUAAAUUUUAUAUUGAUUUAAAUGCAAGGAACCAAUUUUUACUCACCGACUUCAAGUGAUUAUAUUUUAUUCUCAGCCUGUCUGUUUACUUCUCCAUUAUGCGUGUUUGCACGCUGUCUUUUUUCAAAGACAAAUCAACUGACUUUUAAAAAAAUUCUUCUUCUUAUAUGCAACUUCCACAAAAGUUUUUCCUGAUUUGUUUUUGUUAAUUUGUUCGUAUCAUUAAAGUUUAAUUACAGUCCUAUUUUAGUGAGCUUGCAUAUAAAAAACUAUGGACAUAUUGGAAAAUUAGUUGAUCUGAAUGUUUUGCACAAUUCGUGAACGACUCUGGCGUUUGGAACAGUAAGCAUGUUAACUUCAGUAUGCGAGUUUCUUAAAUCUUAUUUCAAAUAAAUCGCAGUCUUAUGCAGAAAUUUUUUAAAUCGGUGUUUAUAAUGGUCUUCCUUAUAAAAUUAUAAUCAGAGGGGUUUAUUAAAGGGUCUCCUUUCAUGUAUGUUGUAUUUUGAAACACAGGAAAAUCUGUAGUAAUUUAGAAUCAUUUAUGAAAUGCACCAACGUUGACGAUUGUGAAAUUACUGGCAAAGAUACGAUUAGACACUUUUGCAGGAGGAAAAUUUCGCAAAUUUCGCUUUAGUAACAUUGAUUAUAACAAAAAGUCUUUUUAAAAGAAAGUUAUUUUGAAAUAACAGAAAUACUAGUUGUUCAAUUUCUACAUGUCUGUACUACAAUCAUGUUCAAAAACUAAUUUGAACAGUUGCUUAAUUUCGAAGAUCAUAUUUACGGUGUUUCAAUAUUAUAUUCACGCACUUGAACUUGCCCAACUCCACAACGGACAUACACCUCAAACAGCGAUAACUCUUGCUGAUGUCAGCAUGACCAAUUUUCUCACUUUCCUGGACUUUCGCGGGCCAGCGCGUCCUUUGUUAUAUAAUGCAAAAUUAGUAGAAACUGCGACUAAUGUAUAUCUAAUGCUCCUUACCGGCCCUACGCAUCUGCAAUAGCCAAACUCUCGCAAUUUUUUGUGGUGGACAUUCGAUAGAAGAUGCUGUUUUGCUUUUUCAAAAAAUCCUCCCAAAACUGCCAUUUUCCAAAAAUUUAUGAACAGGAUUGUAGUAUUGUUGAAAAGUUUAAAAGUUUAGCUAUCUGCUCGAGAAAAAAAGAAUCGUCAAUUUUAUAGCUAACUAAAAAAUCUUAUCCUAAUGAAUGGAAACAAAGUUAAGGUUAGUAGAGCCACUUAUUUUUGUGUUUUAAUGUUUUAAAACAAGAUUUUUAUAAACUCUUUUUUUGUGUGUUGGAACAAUUAUGUUAUAAAACACCCCUCCAAGUUAAUUCCACCUCCUUUAAACAAGAAUUUCAAUAAGUAGAAUUAAUUAAAAGUGUUGUUUUUUUAAUCUUUUGUGACUUGAUUAAAAACAAAAACCCUACUAAGAAUUUUUGUUGAAAGAAAAUUAUUUUUUUAGCUAUUAUCUCGUUAAACUCGCUAACUUAAACCUUUAUUUUAUCUACCAUUUGGUUUGCGACAUAGUUGCCAUUAACAGGAGAAAAGGAUUUUUAUUUAUCAAAGAGAGACAAGGUAGCAAUUUAAGGAAAAAUAUGAUCAGGAGGGUAUUACUUUUGCGUAACUUAUUAUUUUAUUUAAAUAAACAAAAACACUGACUAGAUAUAUACAUAAUGGAGCCGAAACUCAUCAUUACAGCCAUCUUUCCUUCUCGGGACAAUAUCCCUAAUGACUUAGUACAGAAUAUUGAGACUAGCCUUGUUAAUUUUGAUUUACUAAGCUAAGUACAUACAAGACUGACCUAGGUACAUGCAAUAUAUUUUGCAUUUUUUGAAUAGCUACACGAUAAGUAUGAUCAACAUAGUGAUAACGAUAGCCCGUUCGUAGUAAGAUCCGCAUGGAUACAUUCCAGCGUGACGUUAUUUCUUAACUUUUCAGUGGCAAGCUCUUUGGCAAGAAAAAGGAAGAAUCUAGGAGUUGGUGAAACGGAAACAUCGUUUGAGGAUUUAAGCUAUUAUCGAGUUGAGAUUGAUGCCUUCUGAUUUAUUUGAAUUCAUUUAAAAUCCUAACAAUACCUCAGUGUGAAGAAAUAGACUGAAAAUAACUUUUCUUCACCUAGCGCCCCCAUGUUUUUCCUGACAGAUGAUACCAGAGCCAAAAGAGCUUACCGCUGAAAAUGUAAACAAAGAAAUAAACUUUAGCAAGAAGCAACCUUAUGUUAUAAAAAUAGGUCCUAAAAUCAUUUAAAAUAAAAUUUUUGGUUUGACUAUAGCAACAACAUGUCACUAAGACAAUUUUACUCCAAAAUCAAUUUGUGGGUGACUCUUUAUAAGUGACGCAUAUUAGGUGCGCGAGUUUAAAUGACAGUGUAAAGUAUAGAGGAAUCAGAGGCUGAAAAGAAACAAAGGAAUUAAGCAAGAAAUACAUUUAUGCUGUCAAUUUUUAAAAAAACAAUCUUCAAAACAUUUCCUGAUUUCAAAAAUUGAAACACAUAUAAUCCACAUACAGAGAAACGUCAUUUAUGCACCAUUUUUGUUUUUGAAGAUUUCAAUUGCGUUUGUUAAAUAACAUUGUUUUUUCUCGAAUAAUUUUUCUGUUGUUCUCACGAAAAUCUAAACAAUAUUGAAAAACUGAAAGAAAGCACCAUUGAAUGAUAAGAACACCAUUGAGUAAUAGGGAGGGGGGUAUAUUGUGCUCUAUAAAAAUAGUUUUGUUUUUUCUUAACUUCAGUAAUAAACCUUUUUUAAGGAUUUGUUAUAGUGAAGAAAAAUAUGAUUGGUGUCAUAAAAAAAAGUAAUACUUCUUUUUCGAUUUUUCAUAGUUGAGUGGAUCUUAGACAAGCGCUAUGUUUCUUCGCUCUACAACGUCAUCAGCGCCAAGGAAAUUAUCUAAUACAGAUCACAAGCGUCGAUAUUCUGUUGCUGACGUAAAACAAAGAAAGCACUCUCAUGUAAAAAGAAGACUAUCCGAGACCGUAAACAAUCGCCUUAUUAAAACUGAUGAUUUAGGGAGUUUAUCAGGAAGUGAAAAAAAGUUAGUUUACAGAUUUCCUACCGUAUAUAGUAUUCCGAAAAAUGUUUCCAAUGUUUCACCAUUCGCGGUGAGCAAUUCCAAGUUGCCACUCUCAAUUGCUAGGAAAAGGAAGUCGAGAUCAUUAAUUCAACGUAGAAUAACAUUGAAAAUCAGAGGAAAGAUCUUUCAGACCUUUGAAAAUACAUUAAAUGUUUUUCCAAAUACUUUACUUGGGAAUAAGCAAUCACGACAGAAGUAUUACGAUUUUAGAAGCAAAGAAUACAUAUUUGAUCGUUGCUGCGAUUCUUUUGAUGCAAUAUUGUUUUAUUACCAAUCCAAAGGCAUAUUAUCCAAACCAGCAAAUAUUGACCGCGAUUUGUUUUUGAUUGAGUUAGAAUUUUUCCGGAUAACGAAAUACAUCGACAAGCGACAAGAAAGAGAGUGCAAAUUCAUUGAACAACAACAAAAGGACCAGGAGCUUCCAUCUGGAAAGAUACAGAAAGUUUUAUGGCGAGCAUUACAAUACCAAGAAGAAUCGACAUUGGCGCAUUUUUUAUUUUAUUUCUACUUAUGCACAACCGUGAUUGCUUUGUUUGUGUUUUGCGCCGAAACCGUUCCAGAGAUGCAGUACCAUAGGUUAUGGCAUCCGCUAGAAACGGCUAUAAACAUCAUAUUUUUAAUUGAAUACGGAUCGAGGAUUUACUCAUCACCCAACACUAAAAGAUUUCUCUUAUCACCGAACGGAUUAAUUGAUCUAUUAACAAUCAUACCAUAUUUCUUUAAAAUCAUGCUGCGUUUUGUUGGAGAUAACCAUUCGAUUCCUUUAUCGUUAUUAACGAUUCUCCGAGUUGUGCGUGUAUUCAAAUUAACUCGCUAUCACGAAGGCUUGCGCAUCCUUAUGAUGACUAUUUAUAAAAGCAUAACGCAUUUGACUACAUUGUUACUUUCUGUUCUUAUAACAAGCCUGGCCUUCGCUUCUAUAAUGUAUCAUUUAGAAAGCGAUUCAAAUGGAAAUCUCUUUAGUAGUAUCCCAGCUUCCUUUUGGUACACUGUCAUAACAGCAACUGGAGUAGGGUAUGGUGAUAUGUAUCCUCAGACAACGUUGGGAAAACUGGUAGGAGGAAUUCUAUCAGUAUUAGGUGUGCUGUUGUUUUGUCUUCCGACACCUAUGUUGGUGAAUAAGUUCGUGGAAUGCUAUUGUUUGAAACAAACGUUGGCUGCCAAUAGUAGCGCACGACGAAAACAAAUCAUGAAAGGAAUGAGAGACGCUUUUUUAGAUGGUUAGAUGCUGAAUGAAA